CAGGCCCGCCUCCUGUGUGCUUUCCCUUCUUUUCAUUCGACGCAAUUUUCAUCUCUGUACAAUUACUGCAAAAUAACGGAUUUCAUUGCAAAUGAAAGUGAAAGCAAGGACGAGCAAGAAUGGCGUGGAUUUUAUUUCUGUUAUUCAGCCUCAAUAUCUCAGCAGUAUAUUGUCGAAGUCACACUCUACACUUUCAUAUCACAUUGGCAUCAGCUCCGAUCCCUGGGCUUUCCCAGUAUUCCAUUAUUAUGUACAUGGAUGGAGUGCAGUAUGGAAGGUACAACAGUGACAUACGUCGUGCUCAGUUCUACUCUGCCUCAUUGAACCCACUCUCCGAGCACUUGGACAUGCAGACCAAAUACGCUCAGGCAUUUGAGGUUCGGCAAAGGCACAGGCUGAACUUUCUAAUGGGAGUUUUCAAUACAACAAACGGUGAUGGACAUAUCCAUGUCUACCAGAGGAAAUCUGCCUGUGAGCUGCAUGAUGAUGGCACCAUUGGUGGAUAUCAGGAUAUUGCCUUUGAUGGGAAGGAAUUUUUAGUAUUUGAUAAGGAGACAGCGGUGUACAUACCUUCAACACAAGAGGCUGUGAUGGUGUCUCAUCUAUGGAAUAAGCACUAUGAUUCAACUGAUAGUAAGAUGUUCAUCGAAAUUGACUGCAUCAAGCACAUGAAAUUGUACCUCCUUUACAUAUCAAAUGACCUGGAGAAGAAAGUUCCUCCAAAUGUGAAGAUUUCCAGCUCAGAGUCAGAGAGUGGAACCAAACUGCACUGCUUGGUGUAUGGGUUCUACCCCCGAGAUGUGGAAGUGAAGUGGAUAAAGAAUGAGACAGAUGAGAUUUACUCCGAGGAAUCAGCAGAGAUCCGGCCAAACCCUGAUGGCACCUAUCAGAUCAGAGUCAGUGUGGAGGUAACACCAGAGGAGGGCGCCACUUACUCCUGCCAUGUGGAUCACAGCAGUUUGGAGAAUAUCUUGGUUGUCCCCUUUGUUCCCGUUGAAUCCAACAAAAAAAACAUUUUGUAUAUCAUCAUCCCUGUUGGUUCAGCAUUACUCGUCCUCCUGAUUGUCCUGGGUGUGUUUAUAUACAGAAAAGUUCCCAGUGGCCAUCAGAGUGUGAGCACAGAGGACGGAGACUGAAAUUCCAAAUACACUCCUCUACUAUGAUUUGAUGUACAGUAAUAAAUGCCUUUGGAUAUGUGUUUGUAAUGCUCCUCUGACAAUAAAAUAAUGAUAUUAACAAUAGAA